UCAGUAUAUGAGUACAAUGAUCCUUUCUUUUGUGCCGGCGGUGUCUGGUCAUUAUUGCUGCAUCGAUAGCUAGCAGACCACAUCCGAGGGUAUCCUUGCGCAGAGCUGCCUGUCUGGUGUAUGUUGUAUGCGCAGUGUCGAUACUCGGCGGUCGGUGAGUCACCGUGAGCUGAGCCCGCUUCACAGUCGCUGAGUCGUUCCUAUAUUGCCCGCUCGUGCAUACGUGCGCUACAGUCAUUUAUUUUACACAUUUCCCGAACAAUAUAAAUUGUAGCCAGGAUGUCUCACUCGCUCACCAUCACCCGGACGACGGUGGCCACGUCAGGCACCCCAGUCUACAUCAACAGUGGGUACAUGAGCUCCACUCCUGGACUCCUUAAACUUGCAGAAUUGUUGCUGGGUGCAGCGUGUGUAGGUGUAGUGGCAUACUACUUGGACCACGGAUACUACCGCCUGGGCACGGGCAAGGCAGAGCUGUUCUACCUGCUCGUGGCCGUGGCCUGCCUCGUAGGCACGUUUUGUCUAUUCACGUCGUGCGUCGUCUCCUUGUCUACAGCUUCUAUUAUAUCAAAAACAAUAUAUGAGGUGAUAUACCACGGCGUGGCGUUUGUAUUGUACCUGGCGGCAGGCAUUACUCUCAUGGUAGAAGUGAACCACUACAAGGAUCAGUACAGACGGGAUUAUGAACCGUAUUUAGCAGCCGCGAUCAUGGGACUAAUCAUGGCUGCACUUUACCUGCUCAGUACGUUCUUAGCAAAUCGUCAGUACCGCGGCAUUUAGAUUAAGAAUAUAAGUCCAAGUAUUUUUAGUUACCUAUAAUUAAUUUAUUUCUUGAUACUGUUAGAGCUAUUUAUGCCAUACACAUGUUAGUCAUAAGUUACAUUUGCCUUUAUUUAAGUUCAUUUAAAUGGUAAAUUUAUAUUAAUAAUUCAUACGCCUGAACGAAAAUAAAAAUACGAAUUUAGUUUCUCAUACGGCCAGUAGAGGCGCUGUUGUGUCCAUUCGCUUUAAAUAAAUUUAUAUGAUACGUGUAAUUUAACUUAUUGGCAUUGUGAUGUACGACAUUUUAUAUUAAAAAAAAUAUUCAACCAUUGUCUAGUCGUUAUGAAAGUGUUUAUUUUGAGCAUUCUUGUACUUAUAAAGAUCACAGUAAGAUGACACAAUCUCAUUAUUAUUUUAGAGUCCAGCAUAGCAUUUAAUUAUGGCUUCCUCUUUCAUACUUGAAUAGAAAUGUGUCAACGUCAUGAAUACUAAGUACUGUAUUAUAUACAUGUAUUAUAUAGAUGUUCAUAAAUGUAAUAAUAUUAGUAGAAAACGCACACAGAGAUAAAUGAAGCAGUACAUAUUUUUAUACAUAUACAAAUAUAUAAAGGUAUAUAUAAAUUACAGAUUUUUUGGACACGUGUUUACUACAUAUUUGGUAAGAUAUAUACCAAUAACUGAUAUUUUAAAUAUCGAUAUCUACACUUAUGUAACUAUAGAAGACGAUAUAUUAAUUAAACGAUCGUAUAUUUAAUUAUAAUGACAAUUGCCAUGGAGAAAAACAGAAAAAUAGAUGAGAUAGGUAAGACGUAACGUGUCUGUACAACUGGUGCUACAAUAUAAUACCUUAUUUAUUAAAAUAGCAGAAUAUUCCUACUAAAUAUGAAAAGAGAAUUAUACACAACCAAAUGACUGCUUUCAAAAUUGUCAUAUUUCAAUUUACAUGUUUUAAAAGAUACUUUUUUCAAGUAAUGUGUGUUUUAUCUCGUCUACAUUAAUUACAAAUCACAUCGUAUGAUAUAAGUGAUUGAUAAUCAGGUAAUCCGAAUACCUAUACACAUUAAAACUUCCUACAUUGCACUUUUUAUCUAACAUCUGAUAUAUUAUGUUGUUGUAUGUUCAGCAAUGUUAGGGUCUGAGCACACAUAUGGGAUCGGAAAGGAAUCGUCACCGUAUCGCCUCGAGCCGUUCAGAAUGGUUUGUAUUAAACUCCCUACUGCAACGCACACUAAUCGGAAUAAUAACGUAAUCGCCUCGCCUCGGAACAGGCUCCGAACUUGAAUUCCCGCGCUUACGGCUCAUCGUCCCCGCGCUUACGUUUCUCCGUCCCCGCGCUUACGUCUCUCCGUACCGACUAACUAUCGUGUUAGUCUAGUCGGUGUCGCCUAGCCGUAGCCGAGUUGACGUACAGGCGCUGCUGAUACGCUUUCGUUACGUGCAUACGGUAGGUUGACGCCUGGUUGACAGCGAGGCGAAAGGCGUUACGGUUACGAUCCCUUUCCGAUCCCAUAUGUGUGCUGAGACCUUUAUUGUUAAAAUGCCAAACCAUACUAAUUACUAAGGUUUAUACAAUUUUAAAUAAUUUGUACGAAUAUUUUAGUACUAGUCAAUGCUAUUUUUUUAAUUGAUUGGCACGUAAAUGUAUCUAGUAAUAUAAGUAUUAUGUAUAUUCUUAUUAACUUAAAAAUGUAAUUAAAUCUUUGACUGCCAAUAGAAAACUGUUGAAGGCAAAUCCUCCGCUAACGUUGGUCACCGGUGACCACCACGGCGUUCAAAGUGUUAAGAUAUUUUGUAGAAUUUAGUUGGUUCAAAUGACAAAUCAAACUUUUACAAUUACAAUCUGAACGUAUGCCAUGAAUGUGGUGCCUAUUUUGUCUAGAAUAUUCUAGAAGAAUACAUUGCAGCAAUUUAUUUACAGAUAUUCUUUCGACACUAUUCUAGAUCUAGAUUGUAUCUUGCGUAUCUAAUGAACAGAUAAUGUUGAUAUGAAUUUGUUGUUCUCAUGGUAAUACGUUAAUAAGUGGAAAUAAGUUAUUCGCAACAAAACAAUCCUUUAUCAGAAUACAAAUGUUUUAUCAUUUCCUGAACACAUUGUGGACGUGGCGACUUGCGCAGACAGAAAAACCAAAAACAUUUUAAAAAGCAAGUAGCCAUCUUGCGUAAUAAUAAAAAAAUAAUACAAACAAUUUUGAAAACAUUACCUACAGUACAGAUAAAGAUUAACGAAUUAAAAAUCAAUUAAUUAUUUUAAGGCGCAAAGUUCAAACUUAUUUUUCCAAAAUUAAAAGAUUAGGGCCGGAUUUGCUUUAAAUAUAAUUGAUAUUUUCGCGAUAACACAGUUUACGUAACGUCACGUCGUCAAUUUCAUUUUGUUAUAAGUCACAGUCAAACUAGGUUAAUUAGCCGGUAUAUGAAAAGCUUGGUAAUUUAUUAUUUGGGAUAUUAGUCAUUGAUGUGAAUCAUAACAGGGACAGUCCUGCGAUUGGUUGGAUAAUGCCGCUUUGUACAACAGGGAAACCUAUUAAAAACCAAUUUAGGCUUUUACAUUAUACACUGAUUUUAUAAUUUCUGAAUUAUAUUUUCACCUAUAUUUAAAUUAUUCGUUUGUAUUGACAUAAUUGUUUUUAUUACUAUUUACAGAGAAGCAUUUACAGUGAUGAUAAAUAGAGGAAAAUAUAUAUUCUUGUUGUAUCUUGUACAUCUUUAGAGAUAAAUUGUUUAUCAUUAAAUGAUUACCCGCCGCUGCUGAAUAAUUAUAUGUAUAUACGCAGCAAUAUGCCAGAAACACACGUCAUAGUUUUACUAUUGUAACUUGAUAAUUACUUGAUUGUGUAUUUUAUCUGUCUUUUACGUCAUCGUGAUUAUACCCAUAAAAAGCUCCGGUGUGGGUAUUUGCUGCCGAAAUUUUUCAGAUGUGUCUAUAUUAACGGGCCACGUUGAAUAUUUUUUUAUUUGUAUUCCUAGAAGAUUUAAUUAAUUUUAAUUUCGUAUGACUGGUGUUAAUCUGCACCCUGUAUAUGAACUAGAGUAAAACAAUAAAUGCGCUUCCGAUAAUAUGAAGUAAUUCACGCUAAUUUAAGUAGAGUAUGUUACGUAUCUAUCUAUGUAUUUGGAUUAAAAUGCAACCUUGGAUUACUUUAUUUAUUGCCGCUGUAUUAACGGAUUACCUAUGUUAAGCUCUUAAUUCGUCGUAUCUUAUAAUUCAUAUUGAUUAAUGCGAAUUUAAAUUGGUGAAAAUUCAGAGCAUUACCCACAUUCUAGAAAUAAAGAAAACCAUAUACAUACAAGUAAAAUAAAUGUUUCUACUUUGCUAAAA